UGUCCGCCGGAAAUGCUCACAAAAGUGAUGAAACAAUCGCUCAUUGCUGCUGAUGAGCGGCUCCAUUGACGACCCACGCUGGUGACAAGCCCUACUCCAUUCGUGUGGACCUUGAGAUCACUGUGGAGCUUCCGCGCUGAAGCUUCAUCGGCCGCUUUCCGGCAACAGAGCUACGUAAGGUACAUUUUCAAGAGCUUCUCCUGGCGCCCCGUCUCUGCACUCCGUCCUUCGACAAGUGAUGGCCGCACGCCGAACGGGUCCGCGACUGCUACGAUACCUCGGCUACGCUACCGCCGCCGGCGUAGUCGGUGGCGGCGUAGCCUUUCACGUCUACCGGCCGCGCGAUGUCCCCGGCCUAGACAAGGCGUAUGUGCCACCACCUACUUACAGUGAGACUGGCGAGUUCAAAGCGCCCAACUUCCCACGCGAGAAGACUAGGGCGGAGCAGAUUGCGGACUUGAAGGCGAGCGCGGGGUCUGCCUUUCAACGGGCUAGCAGCAAGAUUGCCAAUGCACUCACCGGAGCGCAAGAGCAACAGCAGGCACGCAGUGAUGAGGAUCCGUAUGACCUGCUGGUGAUUGGUGGCGGCGCGACAGGUACUGGCAUUGCGCUCGACGCGGCAACGAGAGGAUUGAAGGUUGCACUUGUGGACAGAGACGACUUCGCAGCCGGCACGAGCAGCAAAAGCACCAAGCUCGUACACGGUGGUGUGCGAUACCUGGAGAAGGCUGUCUUCGAGCUCGACUACAACCAGUAUAAGCUCGUCAAAGAAGCCCUCCGCGAACGCCGCUACUUCCUCGACACUGCGCCCCAUCUCUCGUCAUGGCUACCCAUUAUGAUUCCGGUGCAGAAGUGGUGGCAGGCGCCGUACUUCUGGGCCGGCACCAAAUUCUACGACCUCCUGGCUGGCUCCGAGAACAUCGAGACAUCUUACUUCCUGACUCGCAGUAAAGCCCUUGAUGCCUUCCCCAUGCUCAAGAAGGAAGGCUUGUUCGGUGCCCUUGUUUAUUACGAUGGUGCGCACAAUGACUCUCGGAUGAACAUCUCGCUUGCCAUGACUGCUGCGCUAUACGGCGCAACGGUUGUCAAUCACGUGGAAGUCACCAGUCUUGAGAAGGAUGCCAACGGUCGACUCUGCGGCGCUAGGGUUAAGGACAAGAUCGCGGAGAACAACGGCAGCAGCGACGAGUUCACUAUCAGGGCACGAGGCAUCAUCAACGCGACAGGUCCCUUCACCGACGCAAUCCGCAAGAUGGACGAUCAGACUGUCGAGGAGAUUGUCGCACCCAGCUCCGGCGUCCACGUUAUCCUGCCCGGUUACUUCUCACCGUCUGACAUGGGCCUGAUCGACCCGCAUACUUCGGACGGCCGUGUGAUCUUCUUCCUGCCUUGGCACGGCAACACCAUCGCUGGCACGACUGACGCGCCUUGUCCCAUCUCACAGAAUCCCGUGGCGGGCGAGAAGGAGAUCAACUGGAUUCUCGACGAAGUUCGACGCUACCUGCAACCUGAUAUCAACGUCCGCCGUGGCGAUGUCCUUGCCGCCUGGUCUGGUAUCCGUCCACUCGUGCGCGAUCCGAAGAAGUCCAAGUCUGAAGGCCUGGUCCGCAACCAUCUCGUCACGACGUCCAAUUCCGGCUUAGUAACCAUCUCCGGCGGUAAAUGGACAACCUACCGCCAAAUGGCCGAAGAAGCAGUCGACGAAGCACUCAAAGAAUUCCCAACCAUCAAAACACAACCAGUACCCAACCCGCCGCUCGUCAGUGGUGUAGAAGGAUACCACGAGGAUAUCACAUUCGACGGCUCAUGCAAAACGCACAACGUCCGCUUGAUCGGCGCCCACGGUUUCUCCAAAACCCUCUUCAUCAACCUCAUCCAGCAUUACGGCAUCGAGACGGAAGUGGCGAAGCACCUGACCACCGCCUACGGUGACCGCGCAUGGAAGGUCGCCGCCUUGUGCGACCCGACCGAGCAGCGCUUCCCCGUUCGCGGUAAGCGCAUCUCCGAGCUCUACCCCUUCGUGGAUGGCGAGGUCCGCUACGCGGUCCGUCACGAAUACGCGCAGAGCGCCGUCGACGUCCUCGCGCGUCGGACACGUUUGGCCUUUUUGAACGCUCAAGCGGCGCUCGAGGCACUGCCGAAGGUGAUUGACCUUAUGGGUGAAGAGCUGAAGUGGAGUUCGAGUCGGAAGGACAGGGAGUGGGAAAAUGGAGUGGCGUUUUUGGGUUCGAUGGGUUUGCCGAAGGGGAAGUUAGGGUUGAGCCGGAAGCAAGUCGAGAGUGGGCAGGUAGGGAAGUAUGUGGAUGAGGAGUAUGGGAUGUAUGCGCGACAUGACAAACCAGAUGAGACGCUGGCGUCGGACUCGCAGUUUCAUCCGGGCCAGAAUCCGGUGGUCGGUGCUGAUUCGCCGGUUAACAAGUAAUGGUGGUUGACGUUGACAUCAAUGCCACUUGUACUGAUAUAGACGCUUAAUAAAGGCGAAGUGGGCGUUCAACCUCGAAAAUGUAUGUGUACAUAAUCCAGUCACUCUGCCGCAGGCUACAGGUCUCUCAAAUUGUUAAGCAGGGAUCUGUUUCUUCAUGCUUUUAAUAGAGCCCGCCGUCGUCGCUGUGGUAGCUGCUCUUAGUAUAAAGCAAUACACUUAAUGCACAGCAUGCGCGUCCACCAUGAAGCGCCUACGGAGAUUCAACCGGGUUACCUGGGUUUGAUCGACUCGACGGGGACCCGACAUCUUCAGCCAUUCUAUGGACCUCCCAUCAUGCUUGUCAGGACCACCCCACGGCUGUCUCUUCCGUCGCUUCAAGUCAGCGCAAGGGCGUCGGCAUGGCACCAAGAUGCAUUUGCACUCACCCUGA